CCAGUAGACUCCCAGCCACGGUGGGGAGCAGACACACAUUUACACUCUUACACGCGCGCUGCUCUCUCUCUCACACACUCUCACCCCUGCACUCACCUGUCUAGUCCCGAGAGAGAUCAAAGAUACAGUUUUCUUGUAUUAUGAAAUGAGAAACAGCAAGUGGUGUUAUUGUUAUUAGUGAAGGAAGGAAUAUAUUACAAAAGUGUUGGAUUGUGGAUACCAGAAAUACUUGUGUUGGAUUAUUCCGUGUGUUGGAUGUACACGUCCUCUUGUGUCAGUAUAUGAGUGGGAAGAGGAGUCGAUCGUUCAAAUGUGCUGUACACCAAAGAGAUCGUCAAGUCAGCUCCGAGACUGACUUCCAUCUCUUACUCCACGAACCUCCUAUCUUUAAUAAAAUGGUUCGGUUAAUCGCGGACGAAUUCUUGACGGAGGAGAGAGACAGAAAAUAUUACGCUGACCACUACAGAUGUUGGCCCCCACCUGUCUUCGUCAUCGCUGUCACUCUUGUCCAGCUGGGAGUGUUCGCCUACUACACAGUGGCUACAGGGGAGGUGAACGUAGCCGGGCCGGUAGCUGUCGACUCUCUCUUCAUCUACCGACCCGACAAACGUCACCACGUCUGGAGGUUCAUCUUCUACGCCUUUUUACACGCGGGAUGGGUUCAUUUGGCGUUCAACCUGUUGGUGCAGCUGCUGGUGGGGCUGCCCCUGGAGAUGGUACACGGGUCGGCGCGUAUAGGCACCGUGUACCUGGCGGGGGUUCUGGCAGGGUCACUCGGCACCUCAGUCUUCGACGCUGACGUGUACCUGGUGGGGGCGUCUGGCGGUGUGUAUGCGCUCCUCGCCGCUCACUUAGCCAAUGUCUUAAUUAAUUACAACAACAUGCAGUUUGGCAUCUUAAGACUCAUCGGCGUCUUCUUUGUCGCAAGCGCCGACGUGGGUUUCGCCAUAUAUGACCGGUACGCUCACGAGACUGUAGGGUUGCCGGUGUCCUACGUGGCUCACCUGACUGGGGCGUUAGCGGGGCUCACACUCGGCUUGGUCGUUCUCAAGAACUUCGAGCAGCGCCUUCACGAGCAGCUACUGUGGUGGGUGGCGCUCGGAGUGUACGCGGCUUGUACACUCUUCGCCAUCUUGUUUAACCUCUUCCACCCCUACCCGUACGUAGGCGUCGCCCAGGGUCUGUUCCUGUAGGCGUCGUCCAGGAUGUGCUCCUGUAGGCGACGCCCAGGGUGUGUCCCUGUGUGGGUCACCAAGGGCCUGUCUCCUGGAGGCAUGACUCAGGGCUGGUUCCUGCUGGCGUCGCCUAGGAAUUGUUCCUGCAGGCGAGCGUCGAGGGUUAGGUGGUGGUCCAAGGGUGAGGCUGUUCCGAGUGUGGUGGGUUGGCCGCCGUGUCCCGAAGAACCUCCAGUGCUAUUACGAGGUCUCCACUUGUUACAGGAGACCUCCGGUAUUAUAGGUGUGAAGAGCGAGGGUCAGUAGACGCGAGGGCGGGCGCCAACCCCCGCUAACCCCCCACAUAUGGUGCUGUGACUCAAGCCAAAGUUAAGUCCGCUCAUACUGGUGAGACAUGACCUAGUGUA